AUGAAGUGCGCUUUCGCUCUUUUUCUGGCCGCGGCAACGGUCGUCUGGGCGGCCUUCUGGAUGGAGGACAUUCACCACCAAGGCAUCGCCCCCUUCAACCCGGAGAAUGACUAUCAGGUCUUCAGAAAUGUGAAGGAAUGGGGAGCCAAGGGAGACGGAGUCACCGACGACACGGCGGCCAUCAAUGCCGCCAUCAGCACUGGCAGGUGCGGUGGCCAUAGUUGUGUUGGAUCAACCACCACGCCGGCCAUUGUUUACUUUCCCGCUGGUACCUACAUCAUCACUACUCCCAUUGUCGGCUUCUACUACACUCAGAUCAUCGGUGACCCCACCGACAUGCCAAUCAUCAAGGCCGCUCCAACAUUCCCGACCGAGGCAAUUGCCCUGCUCGAUGCUGAUCCCUAUCUGGACGAUGGCCAAUUGAACUUCAAGGCGACGAAUGUCUUCUUCCGCCAGAUCCGCAACAUGGUCUUUGACACGACCGACGUGCGGGGAAAGGCCACGGCGAUCCACUGGCCGUCGUCCCAAGCGACCAUGAUUCAGAACUGUGUGUUCUUUCUGUCCUCUGGCGUGGACGACACUCACGUUGGCAUCUUCAUGGAAGAAGGUAGUGGAGGCAUGAUGACGGACCUGGUGUUCCAUGGUGGUAAGAUUGGUGCUCGCUUCGGCAACCAGCAGUACACAAUGCGGAACCUCUCCUUCUAUGGCUCUGAUACGGCCAUCCAACAGAUCUGGAACUGGGGCUGGACAUACAAGUCACUCACCAUCGUCGACUGCCGUGUGGGCAUUAACAUGUCUUCCGCCGACGUUGGUUCCGUCACCCUGCUCGACAGCUCCUUUGAAAACGUCACCACGGCGCUGAUAACCGGGAAGACCCCGGGAAAUGCCACUGGGCUCGGGUCGUUGGUGAUCCAGAACGUGAUGUACACCAAUGUCCCGACAGUCUUGCAAGGAGCAAAUGGGCAGCCUCUUCUCUUGGGCGAUGCGGAGGGGACCGUCUAUGACGGGGGCUAUGCGAGAGGCAAUACAUAUGCUCCACACGGCCCUUCGCUCCUCGAAGGCCGUGGGUUCGCCUUCUCCCAGCUGUCGAGCCUGAAAGUUGGGAACUGCUACUACGAGAGAUCGAAGCCGCAGUACGAAGACUAUCCCGCCUCCGCCUUUAUCUCAGCACGGGAGCAUCAUGCUGCGGGCGACGGGAGUACUGAUGACACGGACUCUCUUAACACGCUCUUCCGGCAGGCCGCCAACUCGACAUCCAUUGCCUUCUUAGAUGCCGGAUACUACAAGGUUACGGACACAGUAUACAUCCAGCCCAACACUCGUGUUGUCGGCGAAGGCCUUGCCGCGGUCAUCAUGGGUGUCGGCGAGAAGUUCUCCGACCCAACCAACCCACGCCCCGUGGUUCAGGUUGGACGACCGGAAGACGUUGGGUUUGUCGAAAUUAGCGACAUCAUCGUGUCAACGCAAGGCCCAACUGCGGGAGCCAUCCUGAUUGAAUACAACCUUAACACGCCGGCAGCUGAGAACGCCUGCAGCCCGCGAAGCCCUCCCUCCGGUCUCUGGGACGUCCAUGUCCGCGUGGGCGGGUUCACCGGAUCCCACCUUCAAGCUGCCGAGUGUCCCACAACGCCAGACCAGUCGAACUAUGUCAACCCUGCAUGUAUCGCUGGGUACAUGAGCAUGCACAUCACACCAAGCGCACGGAACCUGUACAUGGAGAACAACUGGAUUUGGGUUGCAGAUCACGACAUCGAUGACCAAUCGUCCACUCAGGUCAGCAUCUAUGUCGCUCGCGGGUUACUAGUUGAGGGCAGCCGCAUCUGGCUUGUCGGAAGCUCUGUCGAGCAUCACACGCUGUACCAGUACCAACUGGUCAAAGCCUCCGACGUUUGGAUGGGCCAGAUCCAGACCGAAACUCCUUACUACCAGCCCAACCCGCCAGUGCCAGCUCCAUUCGCCCAACCUAACACAACCCUGCACGAUCCCAAUUUCGCGGCCGACUGCUCGUCCGGCAAUCACAACGCUGCCCUGGCACUGGCCGGAAACCCCCCGUGCGCGAUGGCAUGGGGCCUGCGCGUCAUCGACUCGCAUAACGUAGUGGUCUACGGCGCGGGCUUGUACAGCUUCUUCAAUAACUAUAACACAAGCUGCAGCACGGCCGCGUCCGGCGAGAACUGUCAGGCCCGCAUCUUCUGGGUGGGGAAGAAUGAGGGCGGCGGCGAUGUCAACGGGAACAGCACCACCACCGCCACCGCAAAGGGCACGGACGCGUUUGGCGUCGAGCUGUACAACCUUGUCACCAUUGGCAGCGUGAGCAUGAUCACAGAGGCCGGGUCCGACAUGGCCCUGUGGGAUCAGAACCGCGCGACGUUUGCAAGUACGUUGGCCGUGUUUCGCUCGCAGGGCUGAGGGGUAUGAAGACACGCCGUCUAUCUGCUGGGCUGGAUGCCCUGCGACGUGUCUAGGGGCGGUGGUGAUAGGCUGGAUGCUGGUUUGCUUUGGCAAUGGUUAGGCAAAGGGGAUAGGGAUGCAGGUUAUGGCAUGCUGUAUUGUUCGGA